UUUUUUUUUUCAUCAAGCAGACAUUUUGGUAUUUCGUGACUAUGUUGUGAAGAAAGAAAAAAUAUUACAGUUUUUUGUGUGAAAAAAGAAGUAAAAACAAAUAUCAAAUAGUUUAACUAAACAAAUAUUUAAAGUAACAUCUUAUCAAACAAUAAAAUCCACCUAUUUAUUAGUUUUAAAUAUAAACAAAUUCUUAUUUACUUUUGAAAAUUUCAAAGACAAGACAACAAAUACACAUAUUGAAGGUUGUUGGUGCAAUUGAAAAGUACAAUUCUAGAGAAAAAAAGAAGAAAUACGGAACAAUUAAAAGCAAAAACAAAUAAAAACUAAAAUGGUAUCGAAGAAGAAUUUCCAACAAAAUGGCAGAGUCAAUCAGCAGCAGAGACAAAUGCCAUAUAAGAAACCACCCUUAAAACCACCGAUGAUGCAAAAUUUCAAUAACCCCAUGUUUAAUGUCAGUCAAAUACCUGACAAUCCUGGUUAUUUAGAUUUUAAUUUACCCACACCACCGACUUUGUCAAAUAAUGCGACAGGUAAUGGGUCUGCUGCUAACAAUAAGAAUGCCAAUGGUAAUGCUAAUGCGGCCGGCACAGGAGCAGGCCAAAACAAUAAAAAGAAGAAUAACAAAAACAAACAGAGAAAUAAACCACAGACACAACAACAGAUGGGACAACAGAAUGGUGGUGGCAAUUGGAAAAAUAAGAAUCAACAAGGUGGGGGACCAAUGAAUCAACGUUUUAAUGGUGGUGGUGCAGGACGCAAUUUCCAGCCUAUGGGUAAUCGCAGGAGUAGUCGUUUGAUGGGACCCAUGGGUGGUCCGCGGGGAAUGGGUAUCAUGGGCCCACAAAUACCACCACCAAUGGGUUUCCAGCCACCCAUGAUACCGCCGAUGCCACCAAUGGGUCGUGGUGGUCCUCCUCUACCACCCAUGGGUGCACCUGUACCACCACCAUUUUUGAGACGCGGUAAUGGUCCUAUGCCACCACCCAUGCCCCCUAUGCUGCCGCCCCGUAUGGCACGCGGUAUGCCACCCGUCCCCUUUAGCGCCCCCAUAGCCGGCCCUGGUAAAAUUAACAAAAAGGGCAAAGUUAACAAAAAAGUUACGAAAGGCAAGAGUACCAUUAAAACUUUAAAGAACCUAAUCAAUCAGUAUCCAUUAGAUAAACCAUGGGUAAAUGAUGAGAUACGUGGGGAGCAUGACAAAAAAGUCGAUAUUGAAAAUCGUCUGAAAGGCAAUAAAGAUGAUGAACUGUUUGCUCAAUUCAAGGUACAACGUGAUAAAUUUGUAGCAAUGUAUGAGGCUGCUCGUGAAGAGUAUUUAAAGAAAGAGGCUGCUGCAGUUAAAGCAAAGGAUGAAAAAGACAAACAAACAAAUAAUACAACCAAAAAGGACGAUAAAAAAGAAGCAAAAUCAAAUGAUACUAAAACUAAAACAGUUUAAAUGAUUUAACACGAGUAAAUACGAAAAAAAAAAACUUUUUGAAAAAGUAUUUUUUAAAAGUAGUAGAGAGCUUCAGUAUCAAAUAAUAAACAAAAAAGUAAAAAACAAAUUAAACAAUACAUAAUCAACCACCACCCCACUUACAUCUCUUUUUUUCUUAAAAUAGAGUCGAAGCAUCAAAUAAUUAUAGUAAAAAUAAAGAUGAAGUAUUUUCGAAUUAAGAACUUUAAAUGCUUAAACUUAAAAAAACCAACAACUUUAAAAUAUUAAUAAUAAUUAAUGUGUCUCUGUCUAUUUAUUAAUAAUAAAAUAAAAAUAAUUAAUUAAAUGUAACAACAAAUCUUAAAACCAACAAAUAAUGAUAAAUGGAUGAUGUUUUCUAACAUCAUUUUUUUGCAAACUAAAAAGAAACUGCAAUUGUUUUAAGUGCAGCACUUUGCUGUUUAACUGAUAAAAGAAAUUAUUAUAUACAAAGAUUAAAUAAAAUAAAUAUUAAUAAAUUUAAGUCCUAAAUUUUUGAUGAUGAUGAUGAUUUGUGUUUACAUAAACAUAAACUCUCUCUAUCUAUAUAAUAAUUAUAAUAAAUUUGUAAACUGAACAAGAGUAACUAUUUAUUAAAUUCUAAAGUUUGAAGAACAAUUUAAAAAUCAUAAUAUAAAUACUAAUAACAUAGUUUUUUGCUAUUUUUUGAAAUAUGUAUUGUAUACUACUCAUUAUUUGUAAAACAUUGGUGAAAACUAAUUUAAUAACUCUUUGAAAAGCAACCAAAUGUUACAACUAAAUUAGUGUGUUUGAAAAUUGUAAAUUAAAAUAAAUUUGCUUAUCUUUUGCUAAACGUAA